AUGGCACCGUCCCCUGCAGGGGAGAGGGACGGGAAGGGGAAUGAUACUUGCAAUGAACCAACCUUCCACCUCCAUCAGAUUCGACGGUCCCUUUCUAUCCCCUGGCAGUUUGGCGUGGACUACGACACCAUCGGCCGCAGUUCUGCGUCGACGGGGAUGAUUACGAGUUUCCUGUUCCACUCUGCGUUUGGCGUCGUUGAUGUGACGCGGCUUCGCGCGAAGGUCCAGGCGUUGGCGGAUGUUGGGAAAUUUACGGCGGAGAUAGUGCUUGGGGACGACGGCUCGCUUGGUGCCAAUGGGCCUGUUUUUAUCGGCGGCGAUACGCUUAGUUAUGCGCGGGUCGCAGAGUUGGUGGAAAAGAUCACGGAGAGGUCGGCUGUGACUGUUCCGGAAGCGCUGGAGAUGUUGAAGAAGGAACUGGGCAAUGUUUUGUGGAAGUUCUAUGCUGUUUCUGGAGCGCUGACGGGUGUUGCGUGGGAUCUGAAGAGGACGUGGAAUUCCCGGAAGGGGGUCCAUGCCUUAACCGCCGAGGAAUGGACGCGGGAGAAUCUCUAA